GAAAGAUUCAAGAUGUUGACAAACUUCAAGCUGUAGCUUCCAGUGCCGAUUUCCUACAAUCAUGUUACGCUCGCCGCGGAUGUGGAGUGCUUCGGCACGACAAGCACUCCAGUAUGCAGCGCGCUCCGAGUCUCGACCACUCAACCGUCUGGCUCCCGUUGCGAGACAACAGCCAUUGAGUCGAAGUGUCGUCCGUCAAUUCCACCAACAACAGUCUCGGUGUCAAGAGCAGUCCACCACAGCUGCGGUAGCUGCCUCGACCGCAUCGGCCGGCUCAAAGAUCAUUGCAUACCUCUAUGGAACGGCGUUUGUCUUCGUUCUGGGCUUUGGAUACCUCUACAUCACCGACACCCGGGCCAGCGUCCACCAAUGGCUGGUCGUCCCUGCGCUGAGACUCAUCCAUUACGAUCCCGAGGAGGCUCACCAUUCUGGAAUCCGCUACAUCUCGGCUCUCUACGAUUUCAAUCUCCACCCUCGCGAGCGCGGAAAUGAAGACGAAGAGAAGGGCGAUUUGCGUGUUGAGGUCUUUGGUCAUGUUUUGAACAAUCCUGUUGGCACCUCUGCUGGCAUCGAUAAAAAUGCUGAGAUUCCUUCGGCGCUGUUUGCAUUGGGUCCUGCGAUAGUCGAAGUCGGUGGCGUGACACCUCUCCCCCAAGAAGGCAACCCCAAGCCUCGUGUCUUCCGCAUUCCCUCUCAAAAUGCUCUCAUCAACAGAUAUGGUCUGAACUCUGAGGGUGCCGAGCAUGUUGCAAUGCAACUGCGCGAGCGCCUGCGAUCCUUUGCAUACGCCCAUGGUCUUGGUAUCGGCGCAGACGCCGAGGAGAUCGUGCUUUCUGGUGAAGCACAAGUGCCACCUGGUAGUCUCGUCCCCGGUAAACUUUUAGCCGUGCAAAUCGCAAAGAACAAGGCAACUCCGGAUAAUGAUAUUUUGGCCAUCGCUCGCGACUAUGUUACUUGUGUGGAUCACUUGGCAAAAUAUGCGGAUAUCUUAGUCGUCAACGUCUCCUCGCCGAAUACACCGGGACUACGAGAUUUGCAAGCCACUGGACCCUUGACUGCUAUUCUCACUGCCGUUGUUGACGCUGCUCAGGAUUGCGAUCGCAAGACCAAGCCUGCCGUCAUGGUCAAGGUCAGCCCCGAUGAGGACAGCGAUGCACAGAUCGAGGGCAUUUGCGCAGCUGUGUGGGCUUCCGGAGUUGACGGUGUCAUUGUCGGCAACACAACCAAGAAGCGUCCUGCGCCUGUCCCGCAGGGAUACAUCAUGCCAGCUGAUGAGGCCAACAUCUUGAACGAGGUUGGCGGCUAUUCCGGACCUCAGAUGUUCGAGCGCACGCUUGACCUUGUCAAACGGUACCGUGAGAGACUCGAUCUCGGCCCUCCCGAAGACGAGUCGAGACCGCAAAACGCUCCCAAGGAACAGAAAACAUCAUCGCAGCAAUCACAACUCCAGGAACAGACCGCACGAGACCCUGGCGUGCAAGACACAAAGGCUGGUAUCAAGCGCGACUCGCAAAACCUCAAACCUCUUGAUGCCGAACCCUCCGAGGCCGAAAAAGGCGCAACCCAACCCCUAAUCCGCAUUCCCGACCCACACACCUCCGAAUCAGCACCUCCAGCAUCCACUCCUUCAUCCUCCCAGCCACUGAAAGCCAAAGUCCUGUUCGCAACCGGCGGCAUCACCAACGGUGACCAAUGUCUCCAAAUCCUCAAUGCUGGCGCCAGCGUCUGCCAGGUCUACACCGCCAUGAUGUACGGCGGCGUUGGGACCGUCACCCGUAUCAAGAGUGAGAUGCGCGAUGCUUUGCAUCGCGGACGAGAGGAGCGUGCGACCAAGGCUCUGGCUCAGCAAGGAAGCACUUCGGCUGCGGCGGAAGCGGCGAGGGAUCCUGCUUAUGGCGCUGAGGCUGCUGGAAUUGUUGGUGCCAAGGAGAAGAAAUGAGAUGUUUCACGAGGAUUUUCUGGGUGUUACUGGCAUCGCCAAUUGUACGACAUGAAGUGUUCGUUAGACUCUCUCUCCUUUGUGAAUAGAUUACAUGUAAAACAAAGAAGAUUCACACAUCGCGCUUG